UAUCACGUUCCGCCCUGCAGGCUAGUUCUGGUCUAGCGGGGUAUUCCGUCACGUCAGCAGCACCGUCCGAAGGUCUGUCGUACCGAGAUGGCCGUCGUAGAGUUGACGACUAUCGCUUCGACGAAAUCGUCGGCCGGGUGUCUUUGGGGAGAUCUGCUUGUCUUGCUUUCUUGUUGACCUUAGUUCUGUCUCGGACGGGGAUCGGGAGUAAGGCGAGAUUUGCAAGGAGCUCCGUUAGUGGAUGCGCCCUUAUUAUCUUCGGUUUCUUUUUCUUCUCGCUUAGUUUUCCUCAAUACUGGAGCUAGCAUUUACGGCUACAUAUCUCAAAUUUCCCGAGCAGAAGAUUUGGCCCUUGACUAGAAAAUAAAAAGUUAAGUACAAUUUUUUCUAUUAAGCAUAAGUACUUGAUGAAAUAAAUUCCAUGGAGCAGGAAUAGCAUCGUGUAAUAAAAAUCAAUUCUACAAAAAAAAAAUAUGUAUUUAUUACUAUACGAUACGGGUAUUCGUCGUAAGCGUAUUAAAACAUUAUUUAUCCUAAUAUGCAACUGGAAACUUCUUUCGAAAUUGACAAUUAAUGACACGAAUCAUUUAGAAAUCGAUUUGCGGUCAUUGAUUAUCAUUAUUACGGUCGCAUAUUUAAGAAAUUACAACACUAGUUUGGGCAGGUAAUUGAACCAUCUGUUAAUUGUAAACACAAUUCAUUAAUUUAAUUUAGUUCAGCACGAGGUACGAGGUGAGUUUUCGAGGUUCAAUUGUCGGAAUUAGUCACAAUCGAGUGCUGAUCACCAGAGGAACAAGACGCCCUGCAAGGAACAGUCAUGGGCACGCUAAUCAAAAAUAUCACGCAUUAUUACCAUUUUGUCAACGAUGACUUGGCUGAUCCACGGACGAAGACUUUUCCUUUGGUUUCAAACCCGAUACCGGUGCUCUUGAUCUUAUACGUGUACCAUCGGUUCGUUCGCUCUUGGGGCCCGGCGCUGAUGGAGAACCGGCAGCCCUUCAAACUGAAGACAACGAUAAUCAUAUACAACCUCGUGCAAAUUUAUCUGUCCUUGUACUUGGCAGCUCAGUGCAUGACAAGGUUGUAUUGGUCAGGAUAUUACAAUCUUUGGUGUCAGAAGAUAAUAUUAGAAGACACGCCACUGGAGAGAAUUGUCGUCAGCAGGGUUUGGUUGUAUUACAUGAUUAAGAUCAUUGACCUAUUAGAUACGGUCUUCUUCGUGCUUCGGAAGAAGUUCAAUCAGGUGACGUUCCUCCACGUGUACCAUCACUUAGGAAUGUGUCUUCUUGGUUUCGUCGGAACUAAAUAUGUACCAGGCGGUCAUGGCGUGAUGCUGGGUUUCAUAAACUCAUUGGUGCACGCGGUGAUGUACAGUUACUACCUGGUCUCGAUAAUCAGGCCGCUCUGGGUGCGGCAGUGGUGGAAGAAAUACAUAACGCAAUUGCAAAUCUUACAAUUCUUAUUGCUGAUCCUACACUUCGGGCACGUUCUAUUCGAACCCUCGUGCGAAUAUCCGAAAUGGGUGUCAUUUGUAUUCCUACCACAUAAUAUAUUUAUUUUAUUUUUAUUCUCCGAUUUUUACAUUAAGGCGUACAUUUUAAAGAAAAAUAAAAACAAGUAGUUAAGUU